CCGCUUCCGCCACUGUCCUGGGCUUUGCGACCACCAUCACCAGCCUCCGCCGAUCCAACUCGACUCGUCUCCGCCGAUCCAACUCGACUCGUCUGCGCAGCAUCUCCCGCUCGACGGCAUCACAGCCUGUGUACACUAUUGAUAACAUUACAUUACAUCCCGAGUCGCCGACGCCCCGAAACCAGCUCCCGAAGCCCCCGACCCCAACGCACCUUUAACUGCAAUGGCGUCACGAGGACCCCCCGGUGCCCGCGGCAUGGGCGGCAACCGCUUUGCGCAGUUUAAACUGGUCCUGCUCGGUGAAUCGGCCGUCGGCAAGAGUUCCAUAGUCCUCCGUUUUGUUAAGGACCAAUUCGACUCUUACCGGGAAUCGACCAUCGGCGCUGCAUUCUUAACACAGACUAUCUCGCUCGAUGAAAACACGACGGUCAAGUUCGAAAUCUGGGAUACGGCGGGCCAGGAACGGUACAAGUCGUUGGCGCCCAUGUACUACCGGAAUGCGAACUGUGCUGUUGUCGUCUAUGACAUCACACAAUCCGCAUCACUUGACAAGGCCAAGGCAUGGGUCAAGGAGCUGCAGCGACAGGCAAACGAGAACAUCAUCAUCGCUCUCGCCGGAAACAAGCUCGACUUGGUCACAGAGCAGCCCGACAAGAGGGCAGUGUCGACGGCAGAUGCCGAGGCCUACGCUCGUGAGGCAGGCUUACUCUUCUUCGAAACCUCGGCGAAGACGGCCGAGAACGUGCGCGAGCUUUUCACAGCUAUUGCCAAGAAACUGCCACUUGACCAAGUCGGCCCCAGGCAUGCCCGACCAGGCCAGCGGCCCGGGGUGAAUCUAACCUCAUCCGAGGGCGCAAACACCCAGACCAAUGGGCCUUGCGCCUGCUAGAUGGGCGCCUAUGGGCGGGGUGUGCAUUGCUGGACGCAACACAAUCUCACCGAGCGACCUACCACACAUUCUGGCCGUCAUUGGCGCCAGGAUGUGAUCCGAUGCGGGCGCGACCGCAAGUAUUGAUAUCGGUCCGCUCUCGCGCGGUGCAAAUGUGGUAGCGACGGUAUGCGGAGUGGUUUCGACAGCGCGAAGCGCGUUCAUGAACAUGUGAGCCUGACGAAUCGGGUACACAACGAGGUUCGGUAUAUCAUGCAUCAGCGGGAAGAGGCAUGAGGAGUCGCAUAGACUGGCCCCGGUGUUGUUGUUUUCACUGUGCUUUUGAACCACUGCCCGGAACAGCCCACCGGCGGCGGUUGGGGUGCUUAUCGGAGGGAAUGAUAGACGUGUACCUUGACGGCGUCUUUCGCACGGUAUUCGCAGUCAAGCCCCCUUCUUUUUAAUAUUCUUUUUUCCUUCUUUCUCUCCUUUGGUUUUCUCUCGUUGGGUUUACUUUGAUGCGUCUCGGUCUCCUUCCUAUCAUAUCCGCUCUGUCUGCCUUUCCCUGUGCUAUUUGGAGUAUAUGCACUACCCAUCUAUCUACUGCAGUCUGAUUCUUUGUGCCUAGCGGGGCAACCUCUUUGCUCACAUGCAAGCGUUGAGUAUGACCAUGAUAGGUGGCCGGUUUUCAGCAGUCCCAUUACUCUCGAGGACAUGCAUUCCUUCAGGAUAGGCAGCUACCUAGGUAGACAGGCAUCAGGCAGGCCUCAUGGCGCGAUGCAGACGAUGAGACUAAGACGCAUUCCCAUAGGAAUAGAUUGUCAGGAUAUCUACCUCCCCACGCAAUAUCACCUAGGUCGGUGUCUUUUGUGGCAGA